UUAAAUGAUUUGAUCUAUCUAUAUUUUUCUGUGGAAGCUUAAUUGGAAAGUUAGGAAUCCUGCGUAUGCUGUCCGAUAUUUAAUAUCGAUACCGAGUUGUUUAUAUUUAUCUUGUGACACAGAUAAACAUAUUUAUAUUUACUAAUCCCAUCCAAGGGUGUAAAUAUAUCCCAGGUUACCAAAUUUCCAGAUUGAUAUGCUUUCACACUAAAAUACCUAGUCUAUGCUUUCGAUACAUUCUACAAAAAUGAAAUGACCUCAAUGAUAAUAAAUGCAAAAUAUUUACUCUCAUUUUUAGAUAUUCUACCUUACGAAAAAUUAUAUCGAAAUCAUAGAAUCUAACUAAGACAUUUUUCUCUUUGCCUUCUUUGUGAUGAAUACUUUCCGUCAUUCAGGAUCGCUUAUUCAUGAUGAUGAAUAUGUAUCCGGUAACACUGUGGGAACUAGUCAGCCAACCAACUCAGAUGAUCAUUGUGGGAAUGUUAUCACAAAGGAAACUUAUUUACUAAGUGGGGAUGAAGUGAAACUCGAUGUAUCACGUACAAUGUAUAAUGGCGGUUUGAUUCAUCAAACUGAAAAAUCAGAUAAUUGUGGACAAAUUAACAUAACUUCUGUAUCACAAGGAAAGUUACAAAUUCAGUCACUUGUUGAUACCAACUGUGGGGAUAGACCAUAUGUUUGCCAAACAUGUGGGAAGAAAUUGAAAGGAAAGCAAAUUUUGAAAGUGCAUAUGAGAACUCAUACAGGGGAGAAACCAUAUAUUUGUAAACAAUGUGGAAAGGGAUUUUCGCAAUCAUCUCAUCUACGUGGGCAUGACCGAACUCAUACUGGAGAGAAACCUUACAUCUGUAAAGUGUGUGGUAAGGGUUUUUCGCAGUUAGAUCCCUUAAAUAGGCAUGUACGAAGUCAUACUGGAGAUAAGCCUUAUGUUUGUAAACAAUGUGGAAAGGGUUUUUCGCGAUCGUCUCAUUUAACUGUGCACAAGCGAACUCACACUGGAGAAAAGCCGUAUGUUUGUAAACAAUGUGGAAAAGGUUUUCCGCAAUUAACUAGUUUAUGUCGGCACAAGAAAACUCAUACUGGAGAUAAGCCGUACGUUUGUAAAUACUGCGCAAAAGCUUUUGCACAAUUAUCCACUUUACGAGUGCAUGAGCGAACUCAUACUAAGGAAAAGCCUUAUGCUUGUAAAUACUGCGCAAAAGCUUUUGCACAAUUAUCCACUUUACGAGAGCAUGAGCGCACUCAUACUGGAAAUAAGCCUUAUGUUUGUAAAUACUGCACAAAAGCUUUUGCAAGAUUAUCCCCUUUACAACAGCAUGAGCGUACUCAUACUAAGGAAAAGCCUUAACCCUUUCCAUGCAAUUUUUAUAUUUUAAUAAAUAAUCGUAUUUGCUACGCCGAUUUUAUGCAUUUGUACCCCCACAACUAAUCGAUCGACUAACGAAAAACUAAUGAUCCUCUGCUGCCUA